GGGGGGGGGUAGAGACAGCUUGCAUCUCUCAUCCUGUGCUCUCUGGAUCCCAGCUUGCUGUUUGCUGGGGAGGAGAGGGAGGAAACACAUUUUGCUCCCUGCAAAACGGCUUUAUUUAUUUUUGGGACGAACCUCCAGCCUUUCCCCCAGGGUGGGGAGAGCUCAAAACAGCAAAUUCUGAUCCGAACCAGGGAGCUCAGCUGCUGCCUCAGAAGCAAGAGAGGAGGGGAAAUCGGCCUUCCUCGGACUGGGAUUGACCCCAGGACUGCCAGAGACAAGGGGGGUCGUCUGGCUGUAUCCCUCUCCUCCUCCUCCUUCCCCCCUUCCCCCCCCCACGAUAUUUUUCUCCUUCUCGCUUUCAUGCUCAUCUCCACAUGAAGGGAAGACUCCCUGCGGACAGCAUGGCAUGAGCCCGGAGCCGGCGCGUGAGCAGACCCCUGCCUCCCCCUAUUUCCUGUUCUGUCUGCAGAGUGAAUGUGGAAGAUGUCGAACCAGAGUGACGGCAACACCAAGCCCCCAUGCUUGCCCCGGAAUGGCCUGGUAAAGCUUGCCAGCCAGCCCAACGGCCUCAGCUCUGCCAGCAUCACCAAAGGGACCCCAGCUGUGAAGAACCGACUCUGCCAGCUGCCCCCUGUGCCUGCCCUCACCAGCCCAGCCUUCCCAGUGCCCACCGAACGACCCCUGCCCAGCCUGGCGUCCCCCCUCUCCUUAGCUGCCUUGGCGGGGGGGCCGUGCCCCUCCUCUGAGCCCCUUGCAGCCGGACUGUCCUCUGGUGAGAACCCCAGCCAGGCUCCUGCCUCUCCCACAGAGAGGCAGCCCCUGGCUGUGGAUGAGAAGAUACUCAAUGGCCUCUUCUGCUACUUCUCCGCUUGUGAGAAGUGUGUGCUGGCGCAGGUGUGCAAAGCCUGGCGGAGGGUGCUCUACCAACCCAAGUUCUGGGUGGGCCUCACCCCAGUCCUGCAUGCCAAGGAGCUAUACAAUGUGCUUCCUGGAGGGGAGAAGGAAUUUGUGAACUUGCAGGGUUUUGCCACUCGUGGCUUUGACGGCUUCUGCCUCGUUGGUGUCUCGGACCUGGACAUUUGUGAAUUCAUUGACAACUACUCCCUGUCAAAGAAGGGUGUCAAGUCCAUGAGCCUGAAGCGUUCUACUAUCACUGAUGCUGGACUAGAGGUAAUGCUAGAGCAGAUGCAAGGGGUAGUUCGCCUAGAGCUGUCUGGUUGCAACGACUUCACAGAGGCAGGAUUGUGGUCCAGCCUCAACGCCCGAAUCACAUCGUUGAGCGUCAGCGACUGCAUCAAUGUGGCUGAUGAUGCCAUUGCCGCAAUUUCCCAGUUGCUGCCCAACCUGGCUGAGCUGAGCCUGCAAGCAUACCACGUCACGGACACAGCUCUGGCCUACUUCACGGCCAAGCAGGGCUACACCACCCACACCCUGAGGCUGCACUCCUGCUGGGAGAUCACCAACCAUGGCGUGGUCAACAUGGUGCACAGCCUGCCCAACCUGACUUCCCUCAGUCUCUCUGGCUGUUCGAAAGUCACGGAUGAUGGGGUGGAGCUUGUGGCUGAGAACCUACGAAAGCUCCGUAGCCUUGACCUGUCCUGGUGCCCGCGGAUUACUGACAUGGCCCUGGAGUAUAUUGCUUGUGACCUGCACAAACUCGAGGAGCUGGUGCUUGACAGGUGUGUUCGAAUCACAGACACUGGGCUCAGUUACCUGUCCACCAUGUCUUCACUCCGAAGCCUCUACCUACGAUGGUGCUGUCAGGUGCAGGACUUUGGGCUGAAACACCUCCUGGCCAUGAGAAGUUUGCGCCUCCUCUCUCUUGCAGGCUGUCCCCUGCUGACCACCACGGGGCUCUCUGGCCUGGUGCAGUUGCAGGAACUGGAAGAGCUGGAAUUGACCAACUGCCCUGGAGCCACCCCCGAGCUCUUCAAGUAUUUCUCCCAGCACCUGCCCCGAUGCCUGGUCAUAGAGUAGGGGCCAGGCUGGGUUUGGGCCCAUCCACCUUGGGACUUGGCCCCUCUUGCCCCACUCAGCUUCCUCCCUUCUCCAUUCAGUUUCAUUGUCCCACAGGGACCUAGGUCAUGCUCCACAUAGGACCUAGGAGUCCUAGGGACCCAGUCUAGCUCUUCCCCCGCUCCACCAUUGCUCUGCCCUCCACCAUCCUCUGCAUCAAUUUGCCAACUAACUCAAGCCAGGAAUAGCUAAGGGGGGAAAGGGGGAGGGCAGGUGGCUACCUUGGUGCAGGCCAGCAGAAGGAGUGAUAAAGGGGAGGUAUGGACAUUGAUCCUUCCUCUUAAGUAGGCUAAGAAGGCUGGGCAGCCACAGGAGCUGAGGCCCUGCUUCCCACAUUCACACAUCACUACCCAGAUGCUCAGGAGCAAUUUGAUCAUCCCCCUACUGCCUUCCUACUCCUAAUGCUCUCAGCUACUUCUGUCCCUGCAUACCUGGGGUAGGACAGAGGCAAUUUUGGAAUACUAUCCUAUGUGGUAGCAUAGCAUCUAUCCUUAGUGGUCCUAGAGAAUCAUAGGAUCACAAUUUAGAGUAGGAAGGAGAAGAUUCCUGCUUUUGAACCUACACACACACAUUUGCACGUG